CGUAACUCACGAGCGAUUUUGUCAGAUCGCAAAUAGCUUCCACUUGUUGAUACACACGUACAUGGAGAAUAUCGCUGUGCGCACGAGAUAAAAAUUCCUCGGAGCUGGCUGCAGUCGAAAGGCGCUCGUAACUCGUCGUUCUCGGGGGCCAACGAAAAUAUUAAGCUCGAGUCAUCUGUGCACCGCGCACACAUAGCUUCACGCGUGACAUGUGUGUUAGUGAGUGCCGUUAAAGGACCGGAGCAGCGUGGCGUGUUGUUGCGUCGCGCGAACGAACAAGGUACUUAUAGCAGCCGGCGCUCACCUUAGCAGUCAGCGCCGAGGCCCGAAACAGAGAUAGAGAGAAAAAGAGAGAUACGCAUCAAGGCACAGAUUUUUCGACACGUCUCUUUGCGGACGCGCUUAUUAUUCGGCCGAUUACCCAGAGUGUGAAAAAAAGAUAACAACAAAAGCAAGAAGAAAGAAAGUAAGAGAAAAUCAUGAAAGUAAUAGCGGCGCUGUGGAUACCGGCCAAGAGUGGCCUCAACGAGGCGUUCAAAGGCCGAGAACCCUGGGAGAUCGUUGGCAUGACCUCGGCGACCAUACUUGCUGCUGUUUGGUUUUACAAUAUUAUCAAUCACGAGGAGAAUAUAAAAGAGCGCUUGAAGAAGUUGACAGUGAAAUUUGGUCGAAAACUACCGGCGAUCCAAAAGAUGAUCCAGAGUAAGAUUGAUGAAUUGGACGACGAUUUCCAAAAAGACGCAAUGAAGAGGCUCAAAGGCGAGAAAUUUUUUACGACUCUGCCUGAUGGGCCUAUGGAUCAUCAGGAAAUUCUGAAAAUCGUUGAGCACAGCGUCGAUUUGGGCGAUUACGAUUGGAAGAACGGCCGAGUGUCUGGCUGCGUUUACAGAGCGAACGAUGAAGACCUCGCUAGCCUCGUCAAAGAAGUGUACGGCUUGGCCUCGCUCACGAACCCACUUCAUCCCGACGUCUUCCCGGGCAUCUGCAAGAUGGAGGCCGAAGUCGUCAGAAUCGCUUGUCGAUUGUUCAACGGUGAUGAUAAUUCCUGCGGUACCAUGACGACUGGCGGAACAGAAUCGAUACUACUGGCUUGCAAAGCCUACCGGGACUACGCCAAAGAAGUCAAGGGCAUUACGAAGCCGGAAAUGGUCAUGCCUACCACCGCCCAUUCAGCCUUUGACAAAGCGGCUCAGUACUUGAAAAUUAAAGUGCGCACCGUGCCGAUACACCCGAAAACCUACACGGUCAACUUGCAGGACAUGAGAAAGGCGAUAAAUCGCAAUACGAUUAUGCUCGUCGGCUCAGCACCAAACUUCCCAUACGGCACGAUGGACAACAUCACGGAGAUCUCGCGUCUCGGACUGGAGUUCGACGUGCCCGUCCACGUGGACGCUUGUCUUGGUGGCUUUCUCAUUCCGUUCAUGCGCCAGGUUGGAUACUACUUGCAGGAUUACGAUUUCAGCUUGCCCGGCGUCUGCAGCAUUAGUGCCGACACGCACAAGUAUGGUUAUGCUCCUAAGGGCUCAUCCGUCGUAUUGUAUAGGGAUAAAAAGUAUCGCCAUCAUCAAUAUACCAUCUCAACCGAGUGGCCGGGUGGUAUUUACGGCUCACCGACCAUCAAUGGUUCCAGAGCAGGGGGCAUCAUUGCCGCCUGCUGGGCCACCAUGAUGUACUUUGGUCGCAAGGGCUACCUCGACGCUACACAAAAAAUCAUCUAUACCGCUAGAUACAUCGAAAAAGAGCUACGCAAACUCCAGGGGAUUUACGUAAUGGGUAAGCCAGCGACCUCCGUAAUAGCCGUGGCCUCAGAUGACUUUAACAUUUUUCGGCUCUCGGAAGCUCUGAAUAAGCGUGGUUGGAACCUCAAUACUUUGCAAUUUCCCAGCGCUUUGCACAUCUGUGUGACGCUCGUACACACGGAGAAAGGAGUCGCGGAGAAAUUCGUCGCUGACCUUAAGCAGGAUCUCGAAAGCAUUCUCAAAGCACCCGGUGAACAAGCCUACGGAAUGUACGCCAUCUACGGUAUGAGUCAAGGCAUAGCAGAUCGGAGCGUUGUCAAGGACAUCACAAGGUGCUUCAUCGACUCUAUGUACUACACACCGUCAUUGACGUCUUCGAAGACCGACGAAUUAUCGACAAUCGACGAAUAAUUUUGUCACUUCUUUGCUUAUUAUUACUAUUUUACUAAUAUUAAAUUAUUAUGGUAUAUAUUUUUAAGUUACAAUUAUAGCUUGUAAAAACGAGAGUAUUUUUUAUUUUAAAUAAUAAACAUUUCUUUUUUAUCCAAUGAA